GCCCCCAGCACCGCCCGCCCGGACGCGGCUGCCGCCGGCGGGACGAGGAGCCUGGCCGGUCGCACCAUGAGCAGCGUCCCCGCCGACAGGGAGGGCGGCCCCGCCGACACCAGCCUGCCCGAGGAGGAGGUGAGGACACUCUUUGUCAGCGGGUUGCCUCUGGAUAUCAAGCCUCGGGAACUUUACCUGCUCUUCAGACCCUUUAAGGGGUACGAAGGGUCUCUCAUCAAACUCACCUCCAAGCAGCCCGUGGGCUUUGUCAGCUUCGACAGCCGCUCCGAGGCGGAGGCGGCGAAGAACGCGCUGAACGGCAUCCGCUUCGACCCCGAGAUCCCCCAGACGCUGCGGCUGGAGUUUGCCAAGGCCAACACCAAGAUGGCCAAGAACAAGUUGGUGGGCACCCCGAAUCCCAGCACCCCUCUCCCCACUGCCGUACCUCAGUUCAUCACCCGGGAGCCCUAUGAGCUCACAGUGCCUGCACUUUACCCCAGUAGCCCUGAAGUGUGGGGGCCGUACCCUCUGUACCCAGCGGAAUUAGCACCUGCUCUACCUCCUCCUGCUUUCACCUAUCCCGCUUCACUGCACGCCCAGAUGCGCUGGCUCCCUCCCUCCGAGGCUGGUUCUCAGGGCUGGAAGUCCCGUCAGUUCUGCUGAAUGCCGGGUCUCAGGUGUGUGAUGGUGGCCUACAGUCAGUCUUGUGGGUAUUAAUGGAGUCUUCCGAGGUGGCUACUGGGUUGAUGUGCUCUCCACAGGACCUCAGUGUGCUGGCUUGAAAAAAAACCUCACACAAGUUUGGAUUCCUCCAAGACUUUCCCACAGCCUCUAUCACACAUCUGCUCUCCUAGAAGAAAAAAAGAAAAAAAACAUACCUAGUAAUAAUAUUUUCCUCUUUUACACUGUAUAUUUGUAAGGAAGAGUGCGUUACUCCCGAAAGCAUGGUUUGACAGGCAUUGUUGUAGUGUUUGAAAAAGCUUUUCAAAUGGAACCAUAGGAAAGCAGACUUCAAAAAAGAAAAAAAGAAAAAAAAAAAAAAACAUAGAAAAAGGAAAAAAAAAAAAAACCAAACCAAAAACCAAAACAAGAGCAAGUAUUUUUGUACCAAAGCUCCUGACGAGGACAAUCUUACACCGGGUCGGACCACAGGUUUUGUGCUUGACUUUGGAGGUGUGUAAAGAAGAGUCUCAUUAUCCCCUGGCCCCGUCAGCUGCAUGAUGUCGAAGGCAUGAUGUUCACAAGCGUGAGGAUGUCGACGCACGCCAUGCGGCUUUGUAGGAAUUGUGCUCCCUCUGGCACAGGAAUUGUGCUCCGGCCGUGUUGGCAAGGCGUCUGCAGACACUACAGUAUUACUGUUUUCUUCCCAGUUGCACCAAAUGACGAGCAGGCAGGACAAUCAGGAACUUUCUUCCCCUGUUUUGUUUUGGUUUUUUAUACCUUGGGGCUGUGUUCAUAGCUGCUGUGCAAAGCUUCCGUGGGGUACACCAGCUCGGAUCAGGGAUGGGCGGACAGCCCACACAAUGUAGCAAGGUGACAAUUUGCCUCCUCCUCCUCCCUCCUGCCAUGACUGCUCCAAGCUGUUACGGGCAAGCUAAACUGCUGUAUGAAAAAACAUACCAACAAAUCCUUGGUUUGUCAGCUUCCUCGAGGCUGGACAUGAGUCCUGAGGGGCUUCCCACUAUGCUGAAGCGCUGGCCUGGUCUGGCCUGUGGUUUUAGUGCCAAUGUUACGCUGGUCCAGCCGCUCCCUGCGUGGCAUUCCCAUGUUUCCAUGUGCAAAGAUGAGAAGGGAGGCUGCCAACAUCCUUUACAGAGAUAAGAGUACCAGCAGAGAGACUGCUUGACAUACUACUUCUCCUUCUCCUUGCUCCAGGAGGAUAUUUGGAAAAAGAAGAGAGCAAACUGACCCAAAACCUCUAUCAGGUUUUGGUUUCUUGCAAAGGGAGGUGCAGAACUUCUCCUUCCACUGCCUUUCCCCCGUCUCCAUUCCAGCUGCAGGGAGCAAUGAGCUCAGCUGCUGCCCAGGCCUCGCCAUAGCUGGUUUUUCCCAGCUGUCCGUGGCCUUGUUAAACAUCAUCACCUUUUCCUUUCUCCUUCCUCUUGUCCCGUGGGUGGGCCAAAAUAAGAUGGCUGAGAUUCUGGCUGUCAGGGUGGGACAGGGGGGUGAAAAAAUGAGGUUGGCUUUUCACCAUCAGAAACCAUCCUGUUGGGGUCUUCUGUGAAAAACGGGCCUGACGAAAGUGAUGUGAGAAGAAAUCAAAUCCAAGACGAACCUCGGAGCGGCUCUAAAAGGAACGAUACCAGCGUUCCCAAGCGACGGACUAACUCUUUUAGCAAACUAUUUCCUGUACUUUGUCUCGUGGAGAGGAGAGAAGCUUCCACAUUGUCUACUCUGCUUUUGGAAAUAUGUUUAAAGGUACUUUUCUAUUGUAAUUUUUUAAAAAUAAAACCGGUGAUUAUUAUAAGUUA